AUGCCAACCCCCGACCUGCCUCCGGAAAUAUGGCUGGAAAUCCUGGAAUACUUUCCUCCGACUUUCGUCCCAAAGAUGAUGGGUGUAAACAGGUUCCUGUUCGAGCUGGGGAUGAACUACAAAUAUGAAGAGGUUAGGUUAAUUUCAGACGACAAGCCUUCGCUGAGAGCCUUCCAGCAACUAGGACACCAGAACAUUGCAAAGCGCGUCCGCCAUUUGUACCUCCGCCCUGCAUUUCUUCCGGGCAUCGACGAAGACCCCUCGCUCCCUGAAGCGACGGGCUGUUUCGACUGGCUUUCGUCCUUGAAGCCUUCGUCCUUGAAAUCUUCGAAACCGCCAGCCACAAUCACCGAGAGAAUUCUACAAGUCGCAUCCAGGUCCCUAACGAAUUGCACCAACCUUCGGGAGCUCUCCAUCGUCAUCUACGACCAUGUUGUCACUCCUUCCUUCGCCGCGUUUCUUGACCAGAUAUGGGAUACAGUCGGAGAGAGUCUGCAGAAGCUUUCAAUCCAAACCACAGCAGCCAAAAUUCCCUCCCUCCUCAGCUCAAUUAGCAAACAGAAAGGGAAGAUCCCCAACUUUAACUCGUUCGAACUCGUCAUUAUGAACUCUCGGUUCCCGUUAUCCUCCCAGCAACCCAUGGAGGCGACCCGAACGAUUGAACAGUUUAUCAUGGUCUUCAAGGAAAACAUUCACCAUAUCUCAUUCUCCACCCUCACCACCUUCGAUCUCGCACCCUUGUUUCAAUACCUCACCAACAAACUCCUCCCCAAACUGACCAAGUUUGAGCUUUGGUUCGUCAUGUGUCAUGCAACCCUUUCAAACCGCGCGAACCUCUCCUCUUUUUUACAAGCGAAUAGCGAGACGCUGGAGCAUCUGGUAUUACAACCGCGCCCAAAGUUCGACGUCUUCUUUCCAGACCACGGCAUCGAUAUCCUCGAUCGGUGGCUCUGGGAGGUGUCGUCGGCCAUCACCCUCCCCAAUCUCCACACCUUAGACGUCGGUACCACUGCUACAUGGAAGGACGACCCGCAAGGAUGGGCCCGGGGCAGGGUGUCGCUACCCAUGCUCGUGCCUGACAUUGCUCCCACCCUCCGACACCUCAUUCUCCGCAAUUACCCUUUCUCGAUAGCAGAGGUGAAAAGCGUCCUGGAAGCCACAAAUGGGGUUCUAUUGUCUCUUGAAAUCUGGGUGGAGAUCUUCUCACCCAAGAUGCUCGAUUCGCUCGCCAACGAAUGGACACCGUGUCUCCGAGACCUCACUCUGGCUUAUUGCAAUAUUGGUACCUGUGCCACCAUUCCAGAUGCCACCUACUCCGAGAUGCUGGCAGUGCGCACUCAGAUAUCGAGCAGAAGGUAUCCAAAAUGGGGGCUGAAACGAUUGAGGCUCGGGAACAGGGGAAGCUGUGGGGAAAUCCAUGUUGACAGAGCUCUGUCCCAGGCGGUGAAAGAUACGGUAACGACUAAUGUGGAGGUUUACGACGAAGACAAGUGUUUCUGUUAUCGAUCUCAAUAG